CGCGGCGGCGCUGGGGACGGAGCGGAGCAGGCCGCGGCCCGGGGCCCGCCAUGCCUUACGCCAACCAGCCCACGGUGCGCAUCACCGAGCUCACCGACGAGAACGUCAAGUUCAUCAUCGAGAACACGGACCUGGCGGUAGCGAAUUCCAUCCGAAGAGUGUUUAUAGCCGAAGUUCCCAUAAUAGCCAUAGACUGGGUCCAGAUAGAUGCUAACUCCUCUGUGCUCCAUGAUGAGUUCAUUGCACACAGAUUGGGUCUGAUCCCGCUCACCAGCGAUGACAUUGUGGAUAAGCUGCAGUACUCCAGGGAUUGUACAUGUGAUGAGUUCUGUCCAGAGUGUUCUGUGGAGUUUACCCUGGAUGUCCGGUGCAAUGAAGACCAGACUCGUCACGUGACAUCCCGUGAUCUCAUCUCCAACAACCCCCGGGUUAUACCGGUGACAUCCCGGAGCAGAGACAAUGACCCCAAUGACUAUGUGGAGCAGGAUGAUAUCCUCAUUGUCAAGUUACGGAAAGGCCAGGAGCUGAGAUGCGAGGCCUAUGCCAAGAAGGGAUUUGGCAAGGAGCAUGCCAAGUGGAAACCUACAGCAGGAGUAGCCUUUGAGUACGAUCCAGACAACGCGUUGAGGCACACAGUCUACCCCAAGCCUGAGGAAUGGCCAAAGAGUGAAUACUCCGAAAUUGACGAGGAUGAGGCCCAGGCUCCCUAUGACCCCAAUGGAAAGCCAGAGCGGUUUUAUUACAACGUGGAGUCCUGCGGCUCCCUGCGGCCGGAGACCAUCGUUCUCUCGGCACUGUCCGGCUGAAGAAAA